AUGGAUUAUGCAAAGAAGUGUAAGGCUUGUCAAUACCAUGCAAACUUGACUAGCCCUAUUACAUUAAAAUCAUCAGCAAGGCAUUCUUAUAUCCUUGUAGCAACAGAUUAUUUAUCAAAAUGGAUUGAGGUCAUUCCCUUGAGAGAGGCCAAGAAAGAGAAUGUGGCAGACUUUAUUCGUACCCACAUCAUCUAUUACUAUGGUAUUCCUCAUUGGAUCGUGACAGAUAAUGGAAGGAAAUUCUCUAAUAUCACGAUAGAUAAGUUAUGUGAAAAAUUCAAGUUCAGACAAUACAAGUCAUCCAUGUACAACGCAGCUGCAAAUGGCCUAGAAAAAGCAUUCAACAAAACAUUGUGCAAUCUUCUGAAGAAAAUUGUCUCCAAGUCGAAGAGGAAUUGGCAAGAAAGGAUCGGUGAAGCAUUGUGGGCUUAUCGAACCACUCAUCGCACUCCUACAGGGGUUACACCAUAUUUGCUUAUUUACGGUGUAGAGGCUGUCCUUCCCAUCGAAAGAGAAAUCCCAUCAUUAAGAAUGACAGUGCAAGAAGGGUUGACUACUAAACACAAUGUCAAGUUACGUCUUUAA